UAGUUUCUGAUUCCGAUUUCUCUAUCCGCGAACUAAACCGCAUCUUGCUAGGGUUUAAGUGCAGGGUCUCGCUCUCUUUUACGGGAUCCCUUUGCAAUGGCGAAGCCCGGACGUCCUCGACCGGCGACUUCUUCUGGCUCCCGUUCCCGCUCGCGCUCCCCUUCCUCACCUUCGCGCUCUUACUCAGGCUCGGAUUCCCGCUCGAGGUCGCGCUCUCGCUCUCGUUCGAAGUCCUUGAGUUCAUCCUCGUCACCCAGUGAGAGCUCCCGAAGUCGUUCCCCACCGCCUCAGAGAAGAAGUCCCCCUGCAGCUGGAAGGAAAGGCCGUUCUCCAUCACCACCGCCUAAACGAGGCACACCCCCUAGGAAAAUAUCUCCACCAGUUAUUGAAUCUGUCGUUCUCCACGUUGAUCAUCUAUCUAGGAAUGUAAACGAGGCACAUUUAAAAGAGAUAUUCAGUAAUUUUGGUGAGUUGGUUAAUGUGGAGCUUUCAAUGGACAGAAAUGUCAACCUUCCCCGAGGUUAUGGUUAUAUUGAAUUCAAGAAGAGAACAGAUGCUGAGAAAGCCCGUCUUUACAUGGAUGGUGGUCAAAUUGACGGAAAUGUUGUUUCAGUAAAGUUUACUUUAGCACAACGGCAGAAGGCUUCAUCCCCCCCAAAGGUGAUUCCUCCUCCAAAGAGAGAAGCACCUCAAAGGGAUAAGAUCCUUACUGGAUCAGAGAAAGAAGUUCCACCCCGUCCUAGGGAAUCUUCUCCGCGUCGUAGACCGCCAUCUCCACCACCACGAAGGCGAUCUCCUGCUGCAAUUCGUCGACCUGAUUCGCCUAGGCGUCGACCUGAUUCCCCUCCUCGUCGCCGUUUGGAUUCUCCAGUGCACCGGAGAGCAGAAUCCCCUCCUCAUCGUCGUGGAGAAACACCACCUCGCAGGAGGGCUGCUUCUCCAGUUAGAAGACGCUCUCCCUCUCCCCGAAGACUUAGAUCACCCGCACGUGUUUCCCCACGAAGAAUACGUGGCAGUCCUUCCCGCAAGCGCUCCCCAUUACCUCUCAGGAGGAGAUCACCCAGAGCUAGGAGAGCAAGGAGCCCACCAAGAAGAUCACCUCCAAUACGCCGUCGCAGCCGUUCACCUGUUCGAAGACCUGCUCGUUCCCGUUCUAGGUCAAUCUCUCCUCGCAGGGUUCGAGCACCUCUUAGACGGGGCAGAUCUUCAUCCGUCUCAAGAUCACCUAGUCCUCGGAAGGGAGCUCGCAAGGUAACCAGAAGUCGCAGCCCAAGAAGACCUGCUCGAGGAAGAUCCGUAAGCAACAGUCCCAGCAGCAGUUCUGCCUCCCCUAAAGGACCUAAACCUUAGUAUGCGACCGGUACUGAAACAGGUAAGCUCUCUCUCUCUCUCUCUCUCUCUCUGUCUGUGUGUUUUUCUGUGUCCACUCCCCUCUCCCAUAUCAUCCGUACUUGCACCCUCUAGCUGCAAAUUCCACUAGUCUUGCGGGGGUGUAGGAGGUUAAGAAUAGAACUUUUGAUGCUGCUGGACGACUAUUAUUUUACGAGUUGCCAUUUAUUUUGAAAUUGAGUUGUUGAGAAAACUUCUAGUAUGAAAACUAUGUUGCAAAGCUCUUUAUUUCAAGCGAGGCUCAACUCCGAUUUGUUGCAUGAUACAGUACUUCAAACUGUUGCAUCAUCUCCUUAAAUCGUUUCUUCUGGGAUUUUAAUGAUGUUAGAGAACAUUCUUAAUUUUAUUUCUGACCAUGCUUCA